AUGACUCCAUCAUUGUCUGUGGUUUCGACACAGACGUCACUGAGGCCCACGGAGGGGGAGAGCGUCCCAGAGCGUCCCAGGGAGAGAGAGCAUCCCAGAGAGAGCGACCCAGAGAGAGCGUCCCAGAGAGAGCGUCCCAGAGAGAGCGUCCCAGCAGAAGGAACACGCCGAGUUUUGACCUUUGUGAAUCCAGAAACAACAGAAACCAGGAUGGGAUCCGUCGGAGUGCAGAUCGUGUGCGUUGCUCUGGGAGUCCUUGGUCUCAUCGGGGUCAUUGUGUGCUGUGCCAUGCCGCGCUGGACCAUGUCGUCCUUUGUGGGCUCCAACAUCGUCACGGCACAAACCACGUACAAAGGCCUGUGGAUGGAGUGUGUGAUGCAGAGCACAGGGCAGCAGCAGUGUAAGAACUACGACUCCCUCCUGGAGCUGGCCUCUGACCUCCAGGCCGCCCGAGCCAUGAUCAUCAUCAGCGCCAUGAUCAGCUGCCUGGCGCUGCUCGUGCUCUUCUGCGGCGCCGACUUCACCACCUGCGUGGAGAACGAAGACGUCAAACCCAAGCUCAGCCUGGUGUCUGGGAUCGGGCUGAUCAUCGCCGGGCUGAUGGUCAUCAUCCCCGCCAGCUGGUCGGCCCAUAACGUGGUCAGGGCCUUCAACGAUCCGAUGCACGGGGCGCAGAAGAUGGAGCUGGGGCCGUGCAUCUUCAUCGGGUGGGGCGCGGGGGUCCUGCUCCUCAUUGCCGGCGGGCUUCUGUGCUGCUUCAGCCGAGCCAACAGCACCUCCGGAGGCACGGCCAAGUACUACAGCAACUCGUCCGCCUCCGCUCCCAAAAACUACGUGUAA